AUGUCUGAUAGUAAAACUACACCUAGAAAUCAUGGUAGAUCGAAGACCAAAACAAGCGAAAACUUAUAAAUUCAAUUCAAGAAACCAUCAGUUGCAAAUGAAAGAUUGGUCGUUAAUAAAUUAGGUAUGAAAUUUGAUCCUGUUUGUUGGAAGAAGAAUCAUGAAAAAGGAAAAAUCCAAUUUGUUUGUAUUGAAUCUAAUUGCAAUGCUGAUAGAAGGUUGGCUUGUGCACAUUGUAUUAUUGAAGAACAUGAUGAACAUAUUUCAAACAAAGUUACUGUAGAGUAAUAUUGUGAUACCUUUGAGAAUAAUUUCAAGAGCUAUCUAUUUUAAGUAGCAAAGUUAGAGGAAUAUUAUAAAAAAUGCAAAAUGAUGGAUUUAAUCGAUCAAAUCGAUAAAGAUAUGAAUACAGUUGUUGAAAUUGUCAAACAGUAACUAAGAGCUCUAAGAGAUUACUAUGUUUAAGACAUAUAAAUUCAUGCUGAAUAAAAUAAUUCUUCUUUGUUUACAUUUUAUAAUGCAGAAAGACAGACUCUCUCAAAGAUAAAGGAAUAUGCACACAAGAAUCUAUUUGAAAUGACUCCUGCUGAAAUGGAUCACAGUAUGUUACUAAUGGGUCCGAUUCAUUUAGAUAAAAUUAUGGGAAAAUUGUCUGAAUUUGAUGAUUAAACCUCCACUCUUUAAAGCACCAUGAAAUCUCAAUGGAAAUUAAUAUAUGAAUAAUUGGAAGAAUCCUUAAUUGAUAUCAUAGCAUAAAUUGGCUAGAAUAAUCUAGAUUUUAUUUAAACAACAACUAAAGAAUAAGAAUAAUAUCAAUUUGCAAACUAAUACUAAAAUUUGGAUAUUUAAAAACUCAACUAAUAAAAUGCUAAAACUUCAAAUAAAUAAGUUAAUUAACUAUAAUAAAAUAAUUCAAUGCAAGCUUACUUAUCACAACAAUUACCUCCACAAACUUUAUAAUAUUCUCAGUAUCCCUAAUCUAUUAAAAAGGAAGUCAGUAGACAUAGUGGUAACACUGUACAACAGUAAUCCAGUAAAUAACAGUCCAGUAACUAACCAUCAUCUAGCAAUUAGCCAUUAUCAAACAAAUAAUUAUAAUCAAAUAGUCCAAAGGCUUCAUCUGAAAAUCAAAGUUUUAAAUAGAUUUAAGGUAUAUCCUAAUAUUAAGUGAUCUCGCCGUUAAAAAGUGGUGUGAAUACAGCUUCUUUUGGCAAUUUAGGAAGUAGCAAUUAAAAGUCUCUCAAAAAUAUCAUUCAAACAAACAAUAAUUAAGCGCCUAUUCAAUCAUAGACUGAAUAAAAAAACUAUUCAAAUCCUAAAUCUAGCUCUCAAAUCAGAUAAGCAAGUCCAAAUGGAGUUAAUUAUUAUUAUUAGAGUGAUGGGAAGCAAUUAGAGAACAGAAAGAAUGCAAACAAUUUGUAAUCUCUUAAUUCAUCAUCCUAAUAAUAAUAAUAAUAAUAAUAAUAAUAAUAAUAAUAAUAACAAUAACAAGAAUAAUUAUCAUAAUAAUAACAACAAUAAUAAUCAUAAUAGUAAUCGUUUGAGAGAAGAUUGUCAGCUCAAAAAGUCUAAAGUACUUAAUUUACUUGCAAUUAUAAUAAUAUGAAAUGCAUUCAUAAUGAACUUAUUAAAGCCAGCCCUAUUUUUAGUUGCUGUAAUUGGGCAUUUCCUUGUUAUGAAUGUCACGACAUGAUUUCAACACAUAAAGCACACAUAACUGUACCUUCCUAAAGAUACUGUUAGAACUGCCAUGAAACAUUCUCUGUAAAUCUAAUGUCUACAGUAGAUGUCAAAUGUUAUAAAUGUUAAUGA